UGUUGCUUUCUCUCUCCACGAAGCUUCGUCGAAGGUCACUAAUGGCGUUCUCAAUUCUCCAUGCAUUUAACCCUCGCCUCCUUCCUCGAUCCUUCCUAUCACUCCUGCGCCUCUUCUUCUUCUGCAAUUUCCAAUUUCCGCCAUGAAAUUCGUCCAGAUUGUUCCCCGGAGGUUUUUCCGGCAGAAGAAAUCGCGAUCAGUUUCCAGAUCCGAUGCGGCGUCGUUCGGCUCCCAAACGACGUCGUCGUCUUCAUCGGAGGACAGUUACAAAAAGCCUAAAGGCUCAUCCACGCCGACGAGCGUCCUCAUCCCCGCCGCCGCCGCAGAGUGGUCGGAGAUCGCGCGGGACGUCGGAUUCGAGCUCAAACGCGCGUUCGAGAUGAUCGACGGCGACGGCGACGGGAAGAUACGGAAGGAGGAGCUGGAGGCGCUGCUUUUCCGGCUAGGCGCCGCGGCGCCGCCGCCGAGCCAGGAGGAGCUUCAAUUGGUGGUUAACGAGGUCGAUCGCGACGGCGACGGUUGUAUCAGUUUAGAGGAGUUUCAGUCGAUCGGAUCGGCGUUCACGCCGCCGGAGAGCGAAGCGGAGGCGCGUGACACUUUCGAUUACUUUGAUUCGGACGGCGACGGGCGGAUCACGGCGGAGGAGCUGUUCAGCGUUUUCCGGCGGAUUGGGGAUUUGCGGUGCACGUUAGAGGACUGCCGGCGCAUGAUAAGGGGUGCGGAUAGGAACGGGGAUGGGUAUGUCUGCUUCGCUGAUUUCAGCCGUCUGAUGGAGAAUCAACGGCCCAGAUGAUUCCGCUGGUUUCUACGUUAUCUUUUUAAAUAAUAAUAAUAAAUACUAAUAUGAAUAGGGGAAUUUACCAAAAGGAUAAAUUCAAAUAUCCAGAAAUUGUUUUCUGUAUUGUCAAAUGAAAUUAAGUAAUUAAUUCAA